CCUUCUUCCUUGCAUUGUGAGGGUUAGUGGAAAUGUAGGUCCAUCUGGCCUCUUGGUGUUGGGCACAUGAAAUGAUCAGGAAGCGGUGGUGGUCUAAUUAGGUGUUAGAAGAAGUUGGUAGAAACACAGGGGCAAUGGACAAAGACAGAACACGCUGCCUUCUAGAGUCCUGAUUUCCAUCCCGUCUGGGUCCAGAAACCAGUGUUCCCUAUUCCCUGAUGCAUUAUGAAACACCCACUGGCUGCCUCAACCCCGUAGGGAGGUCAGGACAGGAGGAGGCUGCAAGUGAGGUCUCUUGGGAGUUGCAACACCGGGGCACCUGGAUAGUAACUGGAAAUGCUGAGAUAGUGAUGUAGGUAUGUCCUAACCUCCUUUAUGUGGCAAGGCUCCAGGAAGCACAGAGAAUGCAGGGCCUGAGGGCUCCCAGGCCCUGGGAAGAGCCAGGCUGAGCCUUAUAAAGGGACCGUUCUGGAUGUAGACACACACAUCUCAGGCACUCUCCUUCCUGACGCUUCCUCGGCUCUGUAUUUUUAAAGCAACUAUGAGCAACACUCAAGCUGAGGAGUCCAUAGUGGGCAUGAUUGACCUGUUUCACAAAUACACGGGACGUGAUGAUGCGAUCGACAAGCCAAGCCUGUUGAAGAUGAUGAAGGAGAAUUUCCCCAACUUCCUCAGUGCCUGUGAGCAUAAGGGCACAGAUUACUUGGCCAAUGUGUUUGAGAAAAAGGACAAAAAUAAGGAUAAGAAGAUUGAGUUUUCUGAGUUUCUCUCCAUGAUGGGGGACAUAGCCACAGACUACCACAAACAGAGCCACGGAGCAUCUGCCUGCUCUGGGAAAAGCCACUGAGCUCAGCUCACCCCUGCCCAGGGGCUUCUAGAGACCCCCCAGAAACAAUAAAGUGUCUCCU